AUGGAACUAGGCAAUGAUACACGAAGUUCAAAAUUUCUUCUUCUGGGAUCUUUGGAGGAACCAGAAUUGCAACCCUUCCUCUUUGGGCUGUUCCUGUCCAUGUACCUGGUCACCAUACUUGGGAAUCUGUUCAUCACCCUGGCUGUAAAGUCUGACUCCCACCUCCACACGCCCACGUACUUCUUCCUCGACCACCUGUCCUUCAUAAACAUCUAUGUCGCCUUCACCACGGUCCCCCAGAUGGGAAUGUACAAACACAGAAAAGUCGUAAAAGUCAUAACUUAUGAAAGCUGUGUCAUGCACAUGUACUUUUUCAUACUCUUUGUAGGUUUAGACAGCUUCCUCCUGACGACGACUUAUGACAGCUUUGUGGUCAUCUGUCACCCAUUACACUACCCAGUCACCAUGAACCCCUGGCUCUGUGGACUGCUGGUUCUGGUGUCCUGGAUCAUGAACAUCCUGCAUUCCUUGAUACAAACCUUAAUGGUGUUGCAGCUGUCCUUCUGGACAGGCAUGCAAAUCCCCCGCUUUUUCUGUGAGCUCAAUCAGAUGAUCCAACUUGCCUGCUCUGACACCUUUCUUAAUGACACGGUGAUAUAUCUUGCAGCUGUGCUGUUGGGUGGUGCUCCCCUGGCUGGGGUCCUGUACUCUUAUUCUAAGAUAGUUUCCUCCAUACGUGGGAUCUCAUCAGCUCUGGGCAAGUAUAAGGCAUUUUCCACCUGUGCAUCUCACCUCUCAGUUGUCUCCUUAUUUUACUGUAUGGGCCUCGGAGUGUACCUCAGCUCUGCUGCUACCCAGAGCUCCCACUCAAGUGCAAUAUCCUAAGUGAUGUACACAGUGGUCACGCCCAUGCUGAACCCCUUCAUCUACAGCCUGAGGAACAGAGACAUAAAGGAGGCUCUAAAUGUAUUUUUCAGAGGGAAGCCAUAG